CGCAAGCGCAGCAGAACGCAACUCACUGGAGCAGCAGCAACGGCCGCCAACGGUCAGCUGAACGUUGCCCUUGUCGGUCGUGGCGGACCACUCGACUUCAAGCCAGCUCUCAACACCAAGGAUGUUGGUCCGAGUGUCGCUGCCGGGAUGACACAGCAGCGGCCUCCGUCCGGCGAAUUCUCACUCUCACUGGCACAGUCCCUAAAUGCUAAACUCACCAGCCGUCCAUCGCCACCACCUGACAAUGUGGUAUUUGAGGAAUCUAGCACCGGUGUAAAACGAAAGCGACCCUCUGUGCGACGCUCCUCGAGUUCCCAGCAGCAGAAAAGCUCUACUCCACCUGUUGGUUGUCUUUACGCCACGCAGGAUAGCGGACCAGGGAACAUGCGAACCGCCGCCAAGUCAAAACAGCAGCAAUCUCUCGGAGGCAAUUCUGUCUAUCCCUCUAAACCUUCCAUGACCCCAACUGCAGACUUGUAUGCCUUCGAUGCUCCCGGUGGCUCAGUGGUCAACACACCACGCUGGCAGCACUCCCAACCACCUUCCUCAGUAAUGAGCCAGAGGGGUACGCCGGCUUCUGUUGCUUCCACUCUCUCUUCCGUUGCUGGGGUUGGAAUGUAUUGCGGAAAGCAACAGCACAAGCCAGUUGACGUUGGUGGUAUCUCUAUGACUCCACAGAAGCCAUUGAACCAACAGCAGCGGCCCCUACACUACUACCCGGUUCUGGUGGAUGAAGGUCCGAACUUCCAACAGCAGCAGCAGCAAAUGAUGUCACAAGAUCCAACGGGAUUUGUUUCCAAUUCACAGGCCAUUCCAAGUGACUACAACUCCUUUCCAAGUGUUGACACCGCGUCCGCCGGCCAGGAUCAAAUGAGCGGCUACAUUAAUGUCACCGUCCCCUCCACUGUAGACGAUCCCUCUGGAGCCGGUGGUGGUUUACUAGACAGUAUGUCACAGCAUCAGCAGCCGAUACGACGUGGUCCCUUUCAACAACAGCCUCCGAAUUGCCCCCUCAUGGGUAUGGGGCAGAACUCCCAACAUUCCGUCCGCUAUCAACAACAGCAGUCUGAUCAAGUCCUCUACGGCAUAAAUUCACAGCAGGUGCCGGACCCUCCUCCUUACCCCAGCGGCGGUCGCUUGCAGGAACAGCGACAAACAAAGAUCUGCAUGGGUCAGAACGUCCCUCUUCAGACACCCGACGGACUCCCUCCACCUGGUAUACAACAACAGCAGCCCCACCUCAUGCAUCCACCGAACAGCGGUGGGUCCUGGAAUUCCGGCUAUGGUUUUCAACCCCAACGUCAAAACAUGUCCGGUGUUGCCUUUUCGAAGCAGCACCAGGCACAACAGUCGCGGACGGUUUCGCCUCAACAACCGCCUCCCAGCAGUCUCGCUCCCCAUCACGCACAAGACCAGAUCCCCCCCUCUGCCUGCCACCCUGUCCAAUAUCUACAUUACGAGGGUUAUCGCUAA